GGUGGCCUAGAGAGUCUCGCUCACAACAGCCACAGAGCCACAACAGCCACAACAGCACAACGCCACAACAGCCACAACAUCGACAACAGCCACAACAGCCACCACAGCCACAACAGCCACAACAGCCACCACACCACAACAGCCACAACAGCCACCACAGCCACAACAGCCACAACAGCCACCACAGCCACAACAGCCACAACAGCCACCACAGCCACAACAGCCACCACAGCCACAACAUCCACCACAGCCACAAGACCACCACAGCCACACACCACCACAUCACAACAUCCACAAGAGCCACAACAGCCACAACAGCCACCACAGCCACCACAGCCACCACAGCCACCACAGCCACCACAGCCACAACAGCCACAACAGCCACCACAGCCACAACAGCCACCACAGCCACAACAGCCACCACAGCCACCACAGCCACAACAGCCACAACAGCCACCACAGCCACAACAGCCACAACAGCCACCACAGCCACCACAGCCACCACAGCCACAAGCCACCACAGCCACCACAGCCACCACAGCCACAACAGGCACAAAGCCACCACAGCCACCACAGCCACAACAGCCACCACAGCCACACAGCCCACCACCACAACAGCCACAACAGCCACCACAGCCACCACAGCCACAAGAGCCACCACAGCCACAACAGCCACCAAGCCACAACAGCCACAAGAGCCACACAGCCACCACAGCCACAACAGCCACCACAGCCACAACAGCCACCACAGCCACCACAUCCACCACAGCCACAACAGCCACCACAGCCACAACAGCCACCACAGCCACAAGAGCCACCACAUCCACAAUAUCCACCACAUCCACAACA